AUGAUGAUAAUGAAGCACCGUGUGAUGUUUGUGUUGGCCGUUGUGCUGUGCUGCGCCUGCGGGUAUACCAUGGCGGCUGCUGCUGUGUCCUCACCCACUGCUGUUGUUCCUCGUGCUGACGAAUCAUCGACGGCGAUGGCGUUUGGUGGUGAUAUUUUAAGGUAUCGCAAUCGCGACAGUACGGAUUUUUGGAGUGAGCUUAAGGCGCCUGUUGACUCAACUAAAAAGAGUGUUCGUGAUGGUCAAGAGAGCACUACAAGAAAUAAUUUGGGGAGAGGACAGAGUAACUCUCAUGGCCAUUCGGCUGGUGUGGAUCGUACAUUGGGUGGUGGGGAAUCAGCGUUAACGGAAGAAUUGCACACAACGUCUCUUCAGGACGAAGGGAAUACAUUGAAAACCAAGUUAGAACACCCUCAAGUGGUGGAAUCUCCCAGUGUUUCAGAUCCUACUGACCAACAAGAAGAAAAACAAAAACAACAAGGAUUACCUAAUAGAGAUGACUCCUCUUCUCUUUCACCUACUGUGAACACUGAUGCUGGGGAUAGUAGUGGACCAGGUACAACAACAGUGGCUUUACCCCAAUCUGGUGAAAAAGCAGUGGAUGCCCCAGAGAGAUUGGAUACACCCGCACAACCUACAAUAUCAACGAGUUCUUCUGCGAGUGUACCUGCAGAGAGCAGUACAAUUUCAACAUCUUCCACUAACAACAGUACAGGUGACAGUAUUUCUAGCGCGGCCACGGGUGUGAGUGCGACAGCAGACACAGAAGGAACCAAUACCACUUUUACCCCCAAGGCAUUCCCCGAGAACACUGACAGACAAGCAAUGAAGAUUGUCAACGUUGACAGCAGCAGUAUCAGUUCUGUGUGGAUGCGCAGUGCAGCACCGCUACUGAUUGUUGCUGUAUUCUUCUCCGUUACCGUGUACUGA